CUGCCAUCUUGUCUGUGAGCCAACGAGGCCUGGGCUUUUGCUGAGGCCUGAGCGUGAUGUUGUCCGCCUUCGCCGCCCCCCCGGAGCCCUCCACCAGCCUGGCCGGACCCGUCCAGCUCCGCUUCUCGCCCUACUCCUUCAAUGGAGGAACUGUCCUGGCAAUUGCCGGAGAAGAUUUUUCUAUCGUUGCCUCUGACACACGACUGAGUGAAAGUUAUUCGAUUCACUCCCGGGACAACCCCAAGUGCUACAAACUAACGGACCGGACGGUCAUCGGAUGCAGCGGCUUUCACGGAGACUGCCUGACGCUCACCAAAAUCAUAGAAGCGAGAUUAAAGAUGUACAAACACUCCAACAACAAGACCAUGACCACCGGGGCCAUUGCGGCCAUGCUAUCCACCAUCCUGUACUCGAGGCGCUUCUUCCCCUACUACGUGUACAACAUCAUCGGGGGCCUCGACGAGGAAGGGAAGGGUGCGGUGUACAGCUUCGAUCCCGUCGGCUCAUACCAGAGAGACAGCUUCAAGGCCGGAGGCUCGGCAAGCGCCAUGCUCCAGCCUCUGCUGGACAACCAGAUCGGUUUCAAGAACAUGCAGAACGUGGAGCACCUUCCCCUGACCUUGGAGAAGGCCCUGCAGCUGGUCAAAGACGUCUUCAUCUCCGCCGCCGAGAGGGACGUGUACACGGGGGACGCCCUGAAGAUCUGCAUCGUCACCAAAGACGGCAUCCGGGAGGAGACCAUCUCGCUUCGGAGGGACUAGCUGCCGGGGGGCGGGGGGCGCGGGGGAUGGACGGGCUGUACCGAACACGGCUGGCAUUUUGGCAGCAUCUCACCCGCUUGUAACAUUGAGUCGCGCUCAGGUUGUAUUAAAAGCGUGAGCUGGGAA